AUGCCGAGGUCAUCGGAUGCGAGCAACAUCUGGCAGUUUGAGGUCCCGAAGCUGGGUCUCACCUACAUGUUCCUGAUGCACCAAGUGCUGGCCAUCAGCGCCCUACACCUCGGCCACUUACAUCCAGAGCAACGCGAAUCUUACGCACUUCACGCCUCACAACAUCAGAAUGAUGCAAUUGCUGGCAUGCGUGAGACCCUCACCCAAAUCACGCCCGAUAAUUCCCACCCUCUCUUCGCAGGCUCUUCAUUGCUGCUCAUCAGCGCAUUUUCUACGUUCCCUUACCAGAGAAGCGGACCCCAAGGACACCAGGCGCCAACAGUCGACGACGUUAUCGACGUCUUCUUACUCGUUAGAGGCAUGAGUAACAUUCUGUCCUCAUCACAACCCAUCAUUCAAGCCGGGCCUUUCAAAAACUUCUUCCACGAGGUAGUCACGCCGGCAUCUACUCCACUCCUGGACGCCGUCAAGCAACACCUAAAUACCUUCUCAGCCAAAUUACCGACCACCGAUGCCGAUGAGUACAGUAAAGACAUCGUCGCUCGGGAAACAUCAAAUUUGCGGGAAUGGAUCGACCAUGCCACCAACACGACAGCGUUCCCCGAGUUGCGGGUUGGUCUGACAUGGCCCACCAGUCUAUCGGAGGAGUACAUGCAGCUCAUGCGAAAUCGAGACCCAGCCGCCUUGACGUUGCUAGCCUACUACUCCGUCGCUGUCCACUCAACGGAGAAUAGCACGUGGUUUAUGCAGGGAUGGGGCGUUAACGCGGCUCGGGCAAUAGUUCUUUACGAGUACGACAAGUAA